GGGCCGGCGCCUUUGCCAGGGGAACGGUGGUGUUGACGGCCGCGGCUGGCGCCCCGCGCCCCGCCAUGCCCGUGCGCUUCAGGGGGCUGAGCGAGUACAGGAGGAGCUUCGGGUGGAGAAAGCCGCGGUCGUGCAGGCCCUCGGAGCAGCAGGAGGCCGCGUGGGCAGGACUGCGGUCCGACCAGCUGGGAAUCUCAAGAGAACCAAAGUUCAUUUCCAAGAAAAGGGUACCCUAUCAUAACCCACAGAUUUCAAAAUCCUUUGAAUGGACAGCAGAUUGCGAUUUGAACGAUCCACUAGAAACUGAAGCUCUUAGGACUGCAGAAUUGCACAGAGACCACAAUAACAAUGAUAUGAAUCAGGAAAAGAUUGAAACUCUGGAAGGACCCAGGCUCACCGCAAAAGUUCAGUCACAUUCUGCAGAUUCUAGGGUUGAAACAGCUCUUGCUCUUGCAGAAAACAACAUGAAGAGGUCACCACCUGCAGCUCUGCCAAAUCAAAAUGUAGCAUUUAUAUCUCCAAAAAAGGAGUUAGAAAAAGUGGAUAAUGGGCUUCAUAGAGUCCUUCAGAGGAAAGCAGGCAUGAAUAUUUCACCUUUAAAUACUUUUCCCAGAAGUUCUGAAUAUCAAAGCCAGUUUGUUUGGAAGAGUCCUUACGAUAAGUCUCCAAUACUUGCAGCUGAACAGGUUAUUCACGAUAUGAGUAAAUCCUUCCCUCCAUAUAAAUCUCCUGCAAUUACUUCUGAAACUGAAUAUGAGAGAGAUUUCAAAGGUUCUCCUGUUAAGAGUCCACAACUGAGAUGUGAUUCAGAAGACAAAGGAUUUCCAGUUCAUGAGCAAAAUAAAAGGAAAGAACCAUUUGAAAAGCCAACAGAAGAUGCAUCAAAACAAGGGAAAAAAACAGAACAGAAACAUCCUAAACAAAAAAAUAAGCAACAUAUCAGUCAAAAACCCCUCUCUUUACAUACAAGUCGUGGGAAGAUGAACACUGAAUAUAAAUCAAAAUUUUUGUCUCCAGCUCAGUAUUUGUACAAAGAUGGAGCUUGGUCUCGUAUCAGGAGCAAUGUUCCCAAUCAGGCAUCUCAAAGCACCCUAAAUUCCAUGUGGUAUAUGGAGGUGAAAGAACUUCGAGCCAGAGCAAAGGCUUACAGGCAGCGAAUAGAGGGAACACACUUCUCCCGAUACCAUCUCAAUCAGAUUCUGUCCGAUAAUAACAGUCUCUGGGAUGUGUCCUCAAGUUCCAGUUCAGAAGAAGGCAUCAGCAACAACAUCAGAGCACUAGAUCUUGCUGGAGUUUCUGAAAAAGAGACUUCACCAAAGCCCAAAGUGCUACACAAACCUGACUCAAGAGAGGAGUUGCACCAAGAUAACACUGAGAAAAAAGGUCUGUCAGAUGCAUCGACUGUUCCAGUCAAAAGGCGUUUAGUUUGGGGUGAACAAGAAGGUACUGAAGAAGGGGACAAUCAGCCAUCAACAGAAGAGGAAGAAAAGGAAAAUGAGCGGGUUGCUGACAUGGCUCAGGAGUUAGAUGAUAAGGAUGCCAUCGAGGAUAAAAAAGUGGAAGGUGAGAAUGCCUUGGUGUUGAAUUCCUCUGUUGCUACAUCAGAUUCUUCUUCUGUAUUCUCGGGGACAGGUGGCAGGCUUCCUACUCCAAAGCUGAGAGCACUUGGUGGAGCUCAGAGGACUCAUCAUGAUCUUACCACACCGGCUGUUGGGGGUGCAGUUUUAGUGUCUCCUCCUAAGUCUAAGUCUUCAUCUCCACAACAGAGAACAAGAGGUUUAGGAACAGACCCUUCGCCAGCUAAGCAAGAUGUGAGAGAAGCUUCAAAAAGAAGAUCUGGCCAGCCUGAUGUAGAAGUUGAAGCUGUUUCACUCCUUACCUCUCCGCCUGCUGGGCUGGAAACUUUGGAUCCUUUGCCCUUAAGGCAGGAUCAGUGGCCUGCUCACAGUGUUUGUGAUGAGCGAGUUUCUCUUGCAUCAGAACAUCAGGAGCGUUCCUCUACUCCUCCUAUGCUGAAGACAGCUGAAAUUCGCUCUACGUCUUAUUGGAGUCCCUCUCGUCGUAUUCAGGGGACUCUCAAGGACCCAGAAUUCCAGCAUAAUGGGAAUGUUGUGAGUUCCAAAAUGAGAUCUUUCCAGUUACCACUUCAGGAAAGAAACUGUAAUGAUGAAGAUGACAGGCUGUCUCAGAUUUCUGCUCGCUCUGCAGCUUCCAGCUCACUGGCAUCUCAGGUAUUGGAACGAGCACAGAAGAGGAAGGAAGAUUUCUGGGGAAAGACAUAAUCUGUCUCACCUGUUUUAUAGAAACUGUCUUGUAAAAUGAUUUAUUUUUACAGUUUGUAGUUGUAUACAUUUUUUUAAAACUUUGAUUGUAGGUGUCACGUAGUAUCCUUUUACCUAUCACUAAGAAGGUCCAGCUUUCAAGAUGUGUCAGCCUAAUUUUGACAUUUCAAUAUUUAGACCAGUGCUGAAAAUUUAGGUCCUUGAUAUGUCUAAGAAUUCAAUUCUAAUUCAUUAUUUUACAGCAGCUGUGUUGAGUGGUUGUUGGUCGUGGUGUGUGAGGUUUUUUUUUUGUUUUGUUUUUACAAUGGCCACUCCUGAAACUGAAAGAAUUAUUUUUAUGCAGUCUGUGUGUUACUCUUCAAGGUGUUCUACUGCAAUCAUACGGUGUGAUCUCAGACAGUAUUCAGGGGCAGUAGCAUUGUUCACCGAAAAUCUUAGUUGCUUGAUUUUAACCAGGUGUAUUAGACAGCUGUGGUACAUUUGUUAGUUGCUGUCUGGAUUUUGAGUACAGCAGAGUGCUAUAACAAACUUUGUUAUUUCUACUACUUACUGCUUUUGGGCUGCUACCAAAAAAAUCCUACUGUUUCUUAAAAAAGCUAACAUAGAACAUACAAGAAUUUGAGAAAAGAAGUUUAAGCUUUGGGGUUUUGUUAAUUGCCCCAGCUCUUUGGCCCGGAUGACUAAGACCCAUCUUUUAGUGUUAAUUUCAACUUCUCUAGAAAAACCAAUCUCAAACACCUGAGCACUGGUAUUCUCCUGUCCUACUUUAGCUCAGGUAUUUACGAGUAGUUGGUCUCUUAAAGUAAACUUGGAAGAAUGUUUCAUUUGGCUUUGACAUUUUAAUCAUCUCUUCUUCUGAUUGCCUGUUUCUGAAUGACUGGAAUACUGUAAUCAUUGUCACAGCAAAAACUGUUUGUGAUUUAUGCUGACAGCCUGUUUUCUCUCUCCAAGUGAUGCAAACAAGUUAACACGAAGUAGGAGAGAUAGGUGGGUAGCAGACAGUUCUUACAGCGGUUUGAUUCUUCUUAUGUGGUUUCAAACUUUAAUAAUAUAUGGUUUUAAAAUUUUAUACAGGAUCAAUUUUGUAUGGAAUCAAUUUUGUACACAUUUUCAAAUAAAA